UGUUUCUCUCUCUUGGAUCCCCCCCUUUAGGGUUCGUUUCACCGUUGCGGCCUGGUGAAUGUGAACUCCCUCUUCACGAUCAACGUAAUGGUGGGCCUCUCCUUCACCACCCUGGGCCAGCGCAACCUCAAAUUUCAACAGGGAUCUCUUCCACCUCAACCUCGGCGUGGCUCCCGCCGUUGGCUCGAUCCAGUUGCAUUUCAUCGUCCUGGAGCUUUUCUACACGAACGACUUCACCAUCGCGGUGGACAGGGCGUCGACGGCGCUAGGUCUGUUACUGGUGGCGCUGGAACUCUUCGAGGAGUGUGUGCGCUAGUGUGUGGAUUUCCUUGAGGCGGUGCCGUGGACGGAGGAGGAAGAGAAGAAAGUGGUGAAAUUAAUCCCCUUCCUUAGCGAGAAAGAGGACUCAUGCGAUGCGAUGCUGCAAGGAUUGAUUUCCUCAGUGAUGAACAGUUACGACAACAUUACAUUUGUGAAGGCUUUCAUAGGGAAGAUUCUUCGGGAUCUGUCAUUGAGGGAGACAACGAAGAGAGUGUUGGAGAAGGUGUUUAGGAUGAGCUUGAAGACGGUGAAGGAGUUGUUGGAGGAUUAUUUGAGUCCAGUGUUCAGAGGGGAUCUGAACGAGACGAAGGCUAUUCAGAGGCUGAAUCUGCAUAAGGCUUCAACAAAUGGGAAACAUCUUCUAUGGCUGGUGGAGAGGAUGAUUGAGCUUAGGGUUGUUGAUGUCGCAGUUAGAGAAUGGAGUGAGCAAGUUGUCUUCACUGCUGAUUUGCAAAGGGCGUUUCGUGAUGAUGCAUGGAGGAACAUUGUGCCUGGCCUUCCUGCUGUUAUUCUCAGGUGUACAUUUAGGCUCACCAAUGUUGUCUCUGCCAGCACCAUACUUGCUUCUAGAUAGGUGAGAGGGAAGCUCGUAGAAGAUUGGCUACCGGUACUGGUUGUAUACAAAGAUAAUGGUUCAGCAACACCAAUAUCACCCAGCAACAAAUCAUUGUACUUGGAACUGGAAGAAACAUUCUUGCGAAUCAUCUCGACAUUGCCUAUGUCAGAUGCUUAAGAAUUAAUGAAGAAAAGUAUUGAACCUUCAACUUUGUCUACUCUGAUUAUAAAUCAUGGACUUGAUUUGUUACCUCAAGAGGAGUUUCUAAGCCUUUUAGGUGGUGCAAGCCCACUAGUUCAUCAAUUUCUCGUUAACACUGUUGGAGAAGUGGGUGUUAAGCGUAUUUCAAAUGUUCUCUCCGAUGCAGGCAAAGAACUUGAAUGUAUUGUCUUGGACCACCUCCAGCAUGUUGUAGAAGUUAUUGGAUUCAGAAUAGGAGAACUAAGAGGGCUUUCAAGAUGGCAUGCACAUUAUCACGACAUUGGCUUGGAUGAGUCACUUAUUAACAAUGCAACAGAAAAGGCUGGUGGAAGAAGGCUUUAGACAUUGCUGCCGUUAGUUGUUGUUCCACGUCAAAUUUUGACUCUGGUAAAUCAGGAACAACUCUUUCAAAAUGGGUAAGAGCUAGGAGCAUGGCUGCUAAGGUACCUUUUUUGUGUGGGAACCUAGAAUCUUUGAAUAAAGUGUUGUGUUUGCUUUAAUAUUAUUUUAGUCAUUAGUUUCCAAUUGAAUGCACUAGUUGCUUGAAAUAUAAAAAAAAUUGACCAAGUGUAGCACAUAUUAAUUACAAAUUAAUUACUCAGGUGAUGAGAGUGUAAUUUCUCAAAAUGAGGGUACGUUGGAGAGUGUGUUUUAAAAGGGAGGACACUUUUUUUUGUUAACUAAAGAGAGUUCAAUAAUAUUUAUAAGUAUAAAAUAUUAGGCCAUUAAAUUUAUGCUAAUUUAUCAUUUUCUUUUUUAUUUUAACAAAUUAUUUAAUUAGAAAGUAUUUAUUGGAAAUAAAACAUUUGUCCUCUCUCUUUCCUUCCAUCAUUUCCAAACAUAUCUUGAGGGAAUGUAAUUUACCCUAAAAUCAGAACUAUUGGUCUUUUUAUCCUUUAUUCUUUCAUGAAAUUUUAAUCACUAUGAAAUGAUAUUAUUCUCUUAUUGGUGCACAUGUUUAUUUCUUGUUAACUAUAGUUACUGUUCUUUUUUUUGUUCACUAUAUACUGUCAAAAGUUGCCCGCAUGUAAAGAUUAUUGGCAGCACUUGCAUGCUCAAAUCGAUGAGUUGUUCCCUGCUCAGUGCAAUAAUUUUCCUAUUAUAUCUCUAGAAGAGUGGUACAUAUGGGAGAAAUUUUUAUGGGUUUGUGAACUUUGU